ACAAAUAAUUAUAAUAGUAAUAAUAACUAAUAUAGUAAUAUUAUUUUUAAUUUUUAAAAAAAUUAAAUUUUAUAGUGUUUUUUUCAAAUAAUUAUUUUUUAUAAUAAUAAAAUUAUUAAUAAAACUUUUAUAAAAAUAAUUUGUAAUAAAAUUAGAAAUAAAAUUAAAUAAAUGAUAAAUAAAAUCAAAUUCUUAUUAUUAUCAAUAAUUAUAUUAUUAUUUGAAAAUGAAAUUAUAAAUUAUGUUAACACUACAACAACAGGAUCAUAUACAACAAAUACAACAAAUACAACAAAAACAACAAAAAAAGCAGAAGAAACCAAAAAUAUAAGUGUUUUAUUAUGGAGUGGAUUUUCAUGGGCUGGAUAUGGAACACAGGAUUUCACAUUACCAAAUUAUUUAGGUCAACAUGUAAAAAAGAAGAAAUGCCCAGUUAAUUGUUUAUAUAGAAAUGAUAGAAUUUUUCAAUCAGAAGUUGAUGCUAUUUUAUUUGAAGGUCAACCAUUUGCAAGUUGGUCAUAUACAUUUUUAAAAGAUCCACCUUAUUUCCCACAAAAAGAGAUUGGUCAAUUGUUUAUCAAUUUUGGCUAUGAACACGAAAAGUAUUUUCCCUUAGUUGGCCACAAUGGGUAUCUUAGACAUAUGGAUAUAAACAAUACAUUUAGACACAGCGAUCAAGUACAAUCAACUUUUGCUUGCAGUUGGGGUAGUGGUGAGGGUGGAAAUAUCAGUAAUUUCUUACGUGAGCCUGUACCAUUCAAAAAGAAAAACAAACUAGUUGGUUUUAUGUCUACAAAUUGUAAUAGUGGAGGUGCCAUUUACCGUACCUGUUAUAUCAUUGAUAUGAUGAAGCAUAUGCAAGUAGAUGCUUUGGGCAGUUGUUUACAUAAUAGGGACUUGGAUUCUAAAGAUUUCCCACACGAAGUAUUUGCUGAUCUUGGUGACUCUUUAAAAAUUAAAGAAAAGGUUUUAUCAACUUACAAAUUUUCAUUGGCGUUUGAAAAUAACAAUAUUACAGAUUAUGUAACAGAAAAAGUAUACACAUCAUUAUUGAGUGGAAGUAUACCUAUUUAUAUGGGAUCACCAAAUAUAGAUGAAUGGGUACCAGAGAAGAGUAUUAUCAAGACUGAUGAUUUCAAAUCUCCAAAGGAUUUAGCUGACUAUUUAAAGUUUUUGGCAGACAAUGAAACAGCAUAUAACGAAUAUUUCAACUGGAAAAAGAAACCAUUACCCAAAUCAUUCAUUGAAAAAUAUGAACGUUGUAUGUUUUAUGACUCAGAUUGCAGAGUUUGUAUGGAGGUAAACAAGCAACUUUCAAAAUUAGAUGUAUAUGGUUUUAGAGAAAGGUUUGGUGAACCAACCUCAGUCUUUAGACAAAAAAAAAUAUUAAGUUUAAAUAGUGGAUCAUGUAUCAAAAUCGCACAAAAGAAUGUUCCUUCAAUAAAUGGUAGAUUUACAGUAUUAUUUUGGUUACAAAUUAAUGAUGAUGUUUUGGAAGAAAAAAAAUUGAUUUCAUUUGGAGGAAAAAAGAUCGAAAUUUCAAUAACACCAAUUUGGAAGAGAUUCUAUUUGAAGGUAUGUAUAUCUGAUAAAUGCUCGUUCAGUGAAUCACCAAUUUUAGUUAGCCAAUGGAAGCAUAUCGGUAUUACAGUUGGAAAAGAAAGCAGUGCCAAUAGCCACACAUCAUCAAUUAAAUUUUAUUUCGAUGGAGAACUAGAUUCGUCUAUGGUAACAGUUGUAGAUGCUGAUGGCCUAGACACAUCACCAAUGGAGAUCGGAUGCAACACUCAAUUAAACUGGUCCCUAGAUGAUUUAACUCUUUGGCGUACAGAUUUAGAUAAUAAUGAGGUAGCCCUAUCCAAAUUUAAAAAAUAUAGGGGUGAUGAACCAAAUCUUUUCUUUUAUGCUACUUUUAAUGGUGCUGAUAUUAGAGACUACUCAAUAAACAAAGAAUCUACAUUUGUGGAGCAAUCAAAUGCAUAUCUAAUAGAUUACACCGAUAAGAAAUUAAUAUUAAAGGUAUAA